AAAGUGAAUCAGUUUUUUUAAAAAAGAUCUCUAUUUACCCUUUCCUUUAUUGUUAUCUGACAUUUUUCUAUAGAAGGAUGGCGCAAAUUUUAUUUAGUGUUCUACAAUACACUUCCUUAAGUGCGCUCUACAAAAAACCUAGGAGAAUUUACAAUAUAAAAUAUACAUUAAGCAUGUUAGUUGAUACAGUGUAAUUGGGCUAUAAAUAUACCAGUAUGUUGAUUUGUUAAUGUUUAAAAAGUUCUGUAGAAAUGUGCACAUGUAUUUGCCUGCACAGGCAAAAUAAAAAGGCAAGGCAAGUUGGCUAUUUGCUCUAAUUUAUAAAUUUUAAGGAAUAAAAAUAAUUAAAAAGUAGCUAACUGGAAUCUUUUUCCAUAUAAGUUGCAUUUUUUAAGUUAAUUUCUUUAAUUGUAGAUCUUGUUUAACUUAAUUACAAUGCUCUGCCUAUACACUGUACGUUGUUCUACAAAAUCACUGCUACUUAUGUGCACUUCAAUUUGAAUAAAAAUAACAAGUAGCAACUGCACAAGAGAGACAUUAAUUACUUAAAAAAAUACCCAGCUAACCUUGUAUCUACUUUCCUAGCACGUUAUGACCUUUUAUUGAUUUUUAUAAUUAUUAAAGUUAUCUAUAAAAUUUGCCACAUGCCAUAUUAUUAGACAACACACUUUAUAUAUUUACUCUGAGUUUAGAAAAGAACAGUAAAUAUAGUCACACAUAAAUAACACAAAAGGCCUAAAUUAUAGUUCAUGUGGUUAAAAAUGUCUUUGAUCUUAGAUUAGCUAAAUAAGCUAGUAAGUACAUAUACUGUACAUACCAUCUAAUCAAACUGUAUCAGCUAACAUCAGAGGCUAGUUCUUUGUAAUCCUCCAAGUAAAAAAUUCAGGUUUCCCUGUUAAAAAAACCUGCCUGAGUUAUAAGCCUGUAUAAAAUUUGAUGCUGAACCGCCCCUGUAAAAGUUCAAUUUUCUAAUGAGUGCUUAGGCCUAUUUUGCGAGAGCAACAUAUUUUUUAGUGUUGCCCAAGUUUCUUGACAAUUAGUAAUUUCAGUAUCCAGACUUUGGGUCCAGAAUAUUGGAAACAAACUGUUCGUGGUGUUUUUAACACUUUUGAGGAAUAAGAUGAUAUAUUGUCAAUGGAGCAUUAAAUACUGCAAUACUGAGAAUUUUUUACGUGUUGAGUUGUCAUUUGUCGUUACGCAUCACAUGUUCAAUGUUGAUGUUUUUUUUCUCAGCAAAAGGGGAUUCAACGUACACUCAUACGGAACUGGAAGCCAUGUAAAACUGCCUGGAUCAUCUGCUGAUAAACCAAACAUAUAUCCAUUUAAAACGCCAUAUGAUCAUAUGUAUCGAGAACUGGCUCGAAAGGACCCUCAACUGUACAAACAAAAUGGUAUUCUACAUAUGUUGGAUCGAAAUCGUAGAAUAAAAGCUCACCCAGAGCGCUUUCAAGACGAACAUGAUUUAGAGUUUGAUAUAAUAAUCACUGCGGAGGAGCGAGUAUACGAUCAAGUGUUAGAAGAGUUCAGUCGCCGUGAUCCAGAAUCUCACACUCCUGUCCACGUGAUCAACAUCGAUAUACAAGAUAACCAUGAAGAGGCCACGAUAGGAGCGUUUCUUAUAUGUGAUAUGUGUGAAAAGUUGGAACGAUUGGAAGAUUUAGACGAUGAUAUAGUCGAUGUUUUACAACAGUUUGAAAAGAAAGCAAAACGUCAUAUCUUACAUAAUGUCUCUUUUUACUAACCCGAUAUUUCCGUCAUCAAGCCAACAGACGCGUCAAUCAACGUUAAUGACGCGUCAGGUUUUUUCGACGUGACAAAGUAUCAGCUAUGAUUGACGUAGUGGGAUCUUGAUUCGACGUUUAUUCGUGUUGUCCUUCCGAUGGUAACGUGUUGUGUUGAAAAAAAUAAUAAAAUAUAUAUUAUUUAUUGUCGGUAGGGAAAAGGGAUUAAAUUGAAGAAAAUCUUUCUAUGAAAGCUAAAAAAACAUUUUCUACAUCGAGAAUAAAAAUGGACUUUAUGGAUAUUGUCAAAAAAGAGUUUUUGAAUACUAUCUAUAUUUGUAGUCCCAUUCGUCGAUUUAAUGCAGAAUUGAUUCAAUUCUAGUAUUUUUUGUUGUUGAUUCCAGUACAGACAAUUAGUCCUGGGAUCGAAGUUACAUUGUAAAUAACACACAUGUAGAUAUAUUUUGAAAACAGAUUGAAUUUUGCAA